UUUAUACUCUGUAUUUAUUCCAAAAUGGCUAGGCUGUGUGCGCUUGUUGUCGAUUUGAUCUUUAGAUAAUUUUGAACAAUAAUAUAUUCACUAUGACUUCAGUACAAGAAUUAUCUUGUAUCUUUUGUAAAGAGAGCUUUGAAGAUAAAGAAUCACUACAAACACAUUUUAGAAAACAUGGAGAUCCGACGUUUAAUAAGACAACAAAAUCUAAAUUACGUGUUCAGAAUAAUUCCCCGACAUCCAGCGAUACUUCAAGAGAUGACGUUGAAAUGGUGUCUUGCGAUGUGUGUGAUGAAGUGUUUCCAAGUAUAUCGAAGGCUAUAACACAUAAACACAAAGUGCACCCGGACUAUGAUGCCAAGUAUUUUUGUCCCUGGUGUGGAAAACUAUUCACUUUAAAGUUUCUGUAUAAUAAACAUCUGGAAUCAAGUCAUGAGUCCAUGCCAAAAGUGACAAAUUGUUUUCAUUGUGAUUGCUGUGAUGUGGAUUUCUUUCUGCCCUGUGCGAUGGUUUAUCAUAAUAAGUUUUAUCAUAGACAAGAAAAAGAUGCAACAUCUAUUGGUUUUUCGAAGAAAGUUAAAUUCCUGUGCCAGGAAUUGGUACAAAUCUACUACUGUCCAUUCUGCGGUGAAGAGUAUGAAAAUAAGGUCAAUUUAAAUAAACACAUGGAAGAUGAUCAUAGUGAUGAAAAUCAAUGUCCAGAAGAUGUACUCAGGUGCCCAUUGUGCGAGGCUGUAUUUUAUCAUUUAGAUGCAUAUGAGUUACAUCUUACAUUUCAUUCAUCGGAAGACCUGUAUAGUGAAGAAAAUGAAAUGCUUAAACAAAUUGUAGAAUUUUCCUUGGAUACUGUACCUCCUCUGGUGGAAAAGUUAGAAAUUCCAUCAAUGCCUGAAGAUGAUGAUGCAAAUGCAAUAGGAGUGGAUCAAUUCUUACAGCUAUCAAUGAGUAAAGAUAUUGAUGAACAGCCGGAUCACACAGAAAAAGUCAAAUCAAAAAAGCACAAAAAACAUAAAAAGUCCAAAAAAGCUAUAACAUUAGAUGAGUUUUUAAAUAUGAACACUGAUCUCUUUGGAGAAGGCCUAAACAUCCAAGGUAUUGAAGAAGUUCCUACUCGUGUAAUCACUAAACACCUAAAACCUAAAAAAGACCCAGUUUUAAAAAAUCUAAAAAACAAACCACUGCCUACAAAUAUAGAUAAACUACAAAAACAAGGUAUAACUAUCAAAAUGAAAUCUGGAAACAAGAUUGUUCCUAGUAAAGUACAACAGCCUGUUUCAACAACACAAUCUACCCCUAAGAAAUCAAAUGUAAUAAGUACUUCUAGUGAAGUUCUUUCAAGACUUAUGAAUCAAAGUAACAAUCAAAUAAAAAUAGUAAAAAAACCAGCAGCAAAUAACACUAAUGUAGAUCUUGAUACAAAUGAAAACGAAAGUAUUAUCAUGUCUAAGAGUGAAGAGACACAUGAUGUGAAAGAAAAUGAGGAAAUGUCUGUGGCCAAAGAAAAUAUAUCGGCAGAUAACACAGAAGAUUCUACUACCAAAGUUGAUUUAGAUAAAGUUAAAGAAGAAAAUCCACCUGACAUUGAAGCAAUACAUGAUAAGGAAAUAAUAAAAAGCCCUCUUCUAACAGAAACAACAUCAAAUACUUUAGACGAAAAAACUUUAAAUAUAAGUUCUGACCACAGCCAUGAAAUGAAAGAAACUAAAAGUUUUGAUGCAAAUAGAAACGAUAAAAACAAAAUUAGAAAACAAGGAGUGGGUACAGAAAAUCCUCCAUCCAUUUUAAAUACUAAUGAUAACAUAAAUUUGGAAGAAAGAGAAACACUGAAUGACUUUGAAGAAAGUCUGAUUGCUACAAAGAUACCAUGCAAUGAAAUCAUCAAGAAAGAAUCUCAAAAUGGAGGGACUAAAAAAAGUAAUAGUGAAAAGAAUGAAAGUAUUGUAGAUCAAAAAGAGAAGACAAAUAAUACUUUAAAUGCUAUCAAACAUCUUAGUCAUCUGAUUACAGUUAAACCUGUUGUUCAGUCAAAACCUGGCCCAAGUAAAGAGAGAGAAACUAAUAAUGAAACUAGUCAUAAUAAAGUUGAAGAUUUAAACAAUGAAAUUAAAGAUGAAGAUGAAGACGAUGAUGAAGAAGACAACAUACCAAUAAGUAAAUUAGAUAACCUUAAAGAUAAUAAACCUAAAGCUUUAGAUCCUUUAAAAAACUUAAGUAAACAUGUCACAAUUAAAUCAUUAACGUCUCAAGUGUCUACAUCUAAACUUGACCAGUUUAAUGAUGAUAGCAAUGAUUCCGAUAAUGCUGAUGAAUUAAGUAAUCAUGAACUUGAUAAUAAAAGUUUAAAAAAUAACGUGGUAGGAAAAAAAGUUGUUAAUUUGGAUAAUAGAAAUAAAGCAGAAGCGAAGAUUAAAAAGUCACAAACCGAUAGUCCAAAACAGGAAACAUCAAAGAAAUUGAAUGUAAAGAAAACACAAGAAAACAAUUCGGAAUCGAAUUCUACAAUUGAUAACACAAAAAUAAACACUUCGAAUGCCGAUCUUUUAAAACGUUUGACGAAUGUUACGGCAAAAUCGAUUUCGUCCAAGUUACCUAUAAAGCAACAACCUUCGCCACAAACGUUGGAACAAUCUACGAAUGUUAAAAAGGAAAAUUUUACAGAACGGGUAAAGAUGCAUGGAAAGAUUGACGAAGAAAUAGAAAUUUUCAACAUUGAUGAUUCUGAUAGUGACGACCAAAAUGAACCAGAAGAUAAUAAGGUUAAAAAUACUAAAUUACCGAUAAAAUCUGCAAGUGAGAACAAAGAAACUAAGGCUACUCCUGCACCUAAAUCUGUACAGGCUUUACGCAAUCUUGGUAAAAAUAUUACUGUGAAAUCCAAUACCCAAGCAACAGUAACUUCUAUUAAAGUAGAGGAAAACAUUUCGGAUGAGAAUAAAACAUUUUCCGAGGAAGAGGAAGAUUAUGACCAAACAGACGAAGGACACGACACAAGUUUGAGUGAUUUUAUUGAUGAGAGUCAUAAAAUGUUACAAUCUACAUUAAAGAAUUUGAGUAAAAACUUAACAGUGAAAACAAAAAGUUCUCCAAAGUUACCUAAUACAAGAAAACGUGAAUUUAGUCGUCAACAAAAUGAAAGGUUUUCUAAUAAUGAUAGCGACAGCGAUACAGAAUACGCCGUUGGUAAAGUUAAGAUUACCGAAAUAACAGAUCAUAAUAGUGGUGAUGAAUUCCUAUCUGCAGAUGAAAGCAAAAACUUUGUGCAGUCCCCGAACUGUAACAAUAGCGACGACGAUGAUAAUUUUGCUGAAGAUGAGAAUCAGCACUUUUCCGAGGAUGACAAUGAUGGCCAUCAAAUCAACGCUAAAAUGAAAUCCAAUGAACAUCCAAAUCAAGCCCCGUCUCCCGGAACCUCUCUUCGCCACACUGCAACCACUCAACAAAAAUGUGACAAAUCUCCUUUAGAUAAGUUUAAAAAAUUAAACAAAGACAUAACAAUUAGGUCUCUAAAUGAAAAUAAAAGAACAAAUAGAAAUGCAGAAAAUGAGGAAGAUAAUACAAGCAAGGAUUCCAAUAACUCAAACAAUACUAAUAAAGAAUUUGCUUCAAAGCCUUAUAAACAGAAUGUAACUAAACUGAAAUCCGAACAUCAAUCCACAUCUUCUGCAACUAAUGAGAAAGUUGGAUCGAACCAAGUCAGCACUGUAAAUAAAGAGGUUUCAGUAAAAACAUACCAGUCACAAACUGUAAUAGAAGAAAUAACAACAACCGUGACUAAGACAAUAAGAACUGUAAAUCAAACUGUUAAACAAGAAGUUAACAAUACCCAAGUUAACACUAAUCCAACAUUUAGACCACAAAAAAUACCUAACUUUAAUCCCAGUAAAGUUAUUCACAAACCAGUAGUUGUCAGAAAUUCAACCCCAAAUGUAGGCACUAAAGUCGUUAAAAUGGCUUCAUCUAAUCCUACCACUAGUGGUAUUAGACCAACUAACCAAUUAGUUCCAGUGCGGGCUAAUACAGCAAAAGUUGGCAACUUUAAGGCUCCUGUAGCUAAAAAUGUUACAACUACCCCACAAAUUCCAGUAGCAUGUAGAACACUAAAAAUUUCACCACAAGUUAUGAAGAGACCAUCUCAAGACACGCAGGGACAGUUCAGUUGUUUUAAGAAACCAAAAGAAUCUGUAAUGGAAAUGCAAAAAUCUAGAGAACAAGAAGGAGAAAUGCAUAUGACAGCAACACAAAGCAAAUCCGAUUUUACAAGUACAGUUAAAAGCAUGAAGGGCAAAACUUUAGUAACAUCCACGCAAAUGAAGUCAGAAAUGAGCGCAAGUGCACAUUUGAGUAAAAUAGGUAAUAUGUCUGGUCUUAAAAUUGUAAAAACCAGUUCCAAGCAAUCGACACAGGUUGAAGAGAAAGUUGAAAGUUCUAAUGCAAAGAGAACUAUGGAAGCGUUACAAAAGUUACAAAUGCAAGGUCUUUUAGUUAAAAGACCGCGAACUGAAGAAGAUAAGAUGGAAGAGGACAAUGAGUUUUCUAAUUCAGGAAGUGAAAACGACGAUGAUACUUGAUCGUGAUCUUCAAGAAAUUUCUCCACCAAUUUUAUAUUUCAAGCCUUAUGACAUAAACCCGUCAAGUGCAGGACUUUAGUUUUUUGUUAAUACAUUGACAAAAAAAGUGUUAAGCAGAUAAAUGUAAAUAUAAGAAUAUACAACUCGAUUAAUAAAAAUGUACGUGUGACUUUUUUUGCAUGUGUAAAUAUGAAACAUGAUUGGAUAUUAGUAUCAAAACGAAUUAGGACUCCGUGUUAAAUUAAAGUGAAGAAAAAUAAAUAUACAGUAAUGUUAUAGGCUUUAUUUCUUUUUAUAACACAGACAUAAAAUAAGACGUUAUAAUUUAACUAUUUACAUAGACAUAAUAUGUAAUGUAAACCUCAAAGACCGUGAAUAUGAAAAUAUAAAUGUUUUUUAUUAGUCCACAUAACAUUGUCACAUGUCAAAAUACUUUAUUCUGAUUUCGCUUCCACCUUAUUUUGUCUCCAUUUUUGUUCCUGAAAUCAUCAAAAUUGGCUAAGUUUUUUGUGAUAAAUGUAAAGGUAUGAGAUGAUUGUGCAUUUGUUAGUUCACAAUUAGUACACUAAUGUACAAAGAAUGAUAUAGAAUACAUGGACAUAUUACAGAAUAAAAUAAAAUUGUUUUAUAAAAAUAGUGAGUUAUUGAUGUUACUACGUGAUGGUAUUGAGUUAAUCAACAUUGCUUAUCACUCGUGGUUGUCUUCAAACGUGUUAUAUUUUUAAAGUUAAUUUUUUAGGACGUCUAAAUAAAAUCGUGAAAAGUCAUGGUGUUUUCAAUUCGAAGUGCAUUUCUAACGCUUACUACCAAUAUACUAUCGCUUGCCCAAAAAUAACCAGUACUAAUCACAAAUUUAUAAAUAGUUAGUUGAUUUUAAAAAUAAAUAUCAUAAUAUUGGAAAACUCUUACCCUUCGCUAACAAAGAAAAUGAAAAGCAAAGUAAAUUAAAAAUAUAAAUUUAAAUAAAACCUUUUUACAGCAGACGACUGCAACACGAUAUGAAUGAGAAAACUUUGUAAACGAUUUUUAUAGCUUACUGUUCAAAACACUUGAAAUUAAUCAGAUAGUUUGACUGAAUUUGUAUUAUUACUAUGUACUAGAUAUAGUAAAUAUUUCUUUUUUUAUUUAUAAAAGCUUCGUUUGUAAUUUUAGACAAUUAAAAAAUUCAGUAUAGAAAACCCAAAUCGCUGUAAUGUAAGUCUGAAAAACUGCUAUACUGGUAAAUAUGUAGGAAGUAAAAAGAUGUUUAUACCACUUCGCUCUGUGGUUAUAAAGCACAACUAAGAGAAACUGCUCACAAACUUGACUUGUUAUGGCCGCACUGACUUGCUUUGGCCGACUCGUAAACGCCGAGAUUGACUUAUCGAAUGUUUCUGUAUAAUGUGUAUUUCUUUAAAUAAAAAAUUAUUUAUUC